GUCAGCUGACAGUUGGAAACAGCGCCGUAGCAUCUCCACAGAUCAAACCCUGAAAACCAAGAAAACGCCUUGUUUUGUCCGAGAUCAGUUCUUCAGCCGCGGAGAGACGGACAGUCGUCGCCCCUGUUCCCGACACUCGUCUUCCCGCCAGACGCACCAUGAGUGUCGGUGCUCCGAAGGGCCUGGCCAGCUCAGGGCAGAAGCCCAUCACGGAGAUCACCCACCCGCUGUCCGCCGCGGAGGAGCCUCUCUCCCCGGGGCCAGAAGUCACCGUGAACACUGCUAGCGACAAGGAUGCUGGGCUGACCAAUGGCACGCCGGUAGAGACGUCAAGCCCCGCAUCUGUGUCUUCACUGUUCAAUCGGCUCCAGUUGGAUGAUGAAAUGGAUGGAGACGCCUCCUCAGAAACCAAGGACCUUUUUGUGACAGUGGACGACCCAAAGAAGCACGUGUCCACCAUGGAAACCUACAUCACCUACAGAGUGUCCACCAAGACGACAAGGAUAGAGUUUGACUUGCCAGAGUACAGUGUGAGGCGGCGCUACCAGGACUUCGACUGGCUCCGAAUCAAGUUGGAGGAUAGCCAACCCACACACUUGGUCCCUCCGCUGCCCGAGAAGUUUGUCAUGAAGGGCGUGGUGGACCGCUUCUCGGAAGAAUUUGUGGAGACCAGGAUGAAAGCUCUGGACAAGUUUCUCAAGAGAGUGGCUGACCAUCCUGUCCUCUCAUUCAACCCACAUUUUAACGCUUUCCUCACUGCAAAGGACUUGAACAAGCGACAGGGUCUGGCUCUGCUGACCAAAGUGGGCGAAUCAGUGAAGUACGUGGCUGGGGGGUACAAGCUAAGGGUGCGACCCGCAGAGUACACGGCCAUGGGGGAGUACCUGGACACCUUCAGCGGGAAACUGGGAACUAUGGACCGCAUCGCACAGAGGAUACUAAAGGAACAGUCAGAGUACCUAACAGAGCUUCGGGAGUACAGUUCUGUAUACAGCAGCUGGGCAGCGGUGGAGGAGGAGCUGCAGCGCCCCCUGGAGGGAGUAGCUGGGAGUGUGUCUACAUGCUGCAGAGCUAUGGAGGACCUGAGUGAAAAUAUGAGCCAAGACUUCCUCCCCGUACUCAGAGAAUACGUUCUCUACAUAGAAUCCAUGAAGAAUGUUCUAAGGAAGAGAGACCAGUGCCAAGCAGAGUAUGAAGGUCGACUUGAGGCAGCUAUUUUACGGAGACAAGAAGAUAAAACGCCAAUUCCAGCCGAGGUGGAGAAAUGCCAGGACAAAGUGGAGUGUUUUAAUGCCGACCUGAAGGCAGACUGGGAACGCUGGCAGAGGAAUAAGAGACAAGACUUUAAACAGCUUCUCACAGGCAUGGCCGACAAAAACAUUACCUACUACGAGAAGUGCCAGUCUGCGUGGGAGUCUCUCAUCACAGUUCUCCAAGACAAACAGACUGAGGACAAAACCAGUGAGACAAACUGAACAUACCACCCAACCCUCUCUCUCGCUCCUCCCUGUGCAUUACUCUGUCUCAUGCCAAGGAAAAGGACCAAUCGGGCAUCAUCUUUUGUCUAAGAAAGGGACACCACCAGACAGUGAAGCAGGUAACAGGCAAGUUCACAAACAGCAGGGAGAAUGGACACAUACCAACUAUGUACAGACAGGUUUUCUUACAAUUGUUCUAAAUGUGUAAUUUUACGGUUGCCAACACCACUCGUCAUAUACAGGGCUUUUUGAGACGCGGACGCCAUGUUGGAUCUGCUAUUUCUAUAUUCCAUUAUUAAAAAUUAAGCAUUAUAAAUUAAUAAACAUUUUUUCAGGUGUCAUCUCUUAAUUACAUGAAAUACAGUUUGAAUUCUCAAAUUCUCACUUAAUUUUUUUUACAAGUAUACCAUCACGGUACUUGCAUGAGGUGCAUGAGGUGGCCUGAUUUAUGUUUUGUUUUUAAUAUUCAUAUUCUGAUCCAGUUUAGUUGGCUCUGAUGUCGCUUAAAAGGGUCUGUUUUGCUUUUUCAAUCUUAUACAUUUUAGAGAUUUAUACAAACUUUUUUCUGUUCAAUCCCUAAUCCCCUCUUUUCUCAAGUUCCAAUAGGCCUGUUUUUACCCGAUUGGAAUUGGAUAGACAUAAAACCAGUUGGAAUAACAAGGCCAAUUCCAAUAGUACAUUCAUAUAACAUGACAACUUAUAUAUAUAUAAUUGUGUAAAGUUUAAGUGGAAGAUUUCACAUCUUCCAAAACAUGUUAAAAGAGUGAAUACAAAUUAAUAGAGGUCCGGCUGGCCGGACUACUUAUGGUACAUUUCGCAAUAUAAAAAAUCUUAAAACUAUUCUAGAUUCAACAAAAUUUCAAAGCACACACAAGCUAUCAGUUGUAUUUAUGUCUUCUCUACUAAAAUGCAUUUACUCCCAACACAAGCAACCAUUUAGAGAAGUCAGUACUGUAAGGCAGUUUCACAUCCUUAAAUUCUAUCACAUAUGAACAGUGACACUUCAGUUUGACUUAACCUCUUCUCCCAUUACAAAUCUGACUGAUAAUGCAUUUGAGAAGUCAGAUUGGCGAAUUCCCCCUGCUUACACUAUGUUGCCUUAAAACAGAAGCCCCCUUUGAUAAUGUGUAAUCUUAGUUUCAACAUCUCUGUGUGCAAGUAUGAGGUCAUUUCUGCUUUCUGCGAGUUUUUCAACCACAGUUGCUAUAUCAAUACUUUUAUUUAUGACAAUAUUCACUGAUUCUUAUGGUAUGUUUAGAAAUAUCUUUCUUUUAUAUUUUUUAUGUUUCAUACUAAAAAAUGUGACAACAGGGAAAACAAGGGAAAGACCAUAAGCACAUGUAUGAAUUGAUACAACACAAGUUUCCAUAUUUUAAUAAUUGCCUUCAAUUAUUCUUAUAAGCUUUUAGACAUUAUAUUUUCACCUAGGUUCAAGCGUGUCAUUUGUGCACAAGUGGUGCUAAUUAUUUGUUUACCAGCGUUGCUUCUUUGCUAAAGGACUAAAGUCUGUGUUGUAGCAUUUGUAGGCCAGUCUGUGAUUUAAUUUUAUAUUCUUCUAUAUUCAGUCAGUGUCUUUCUCCUAUAAAAAGUGUGUGUUUUUAAUACAUGUAAUUUUUAUAAUGAUUCAAACAUUCGCAGCUAUGGUUGCAUGUAACAUGAAGCAUAAUUGCUGAUUAAAAGCUUGCAUUGAACUGACAAAGUACGAAAAGCUCUGCUUAGAAAUUGCAGUAUACUAUAAUGGUUACACAAUGUUUUUAAAGGUGCACAUUUCUGGUAGCAGGUAGCCCCUGGUCCGCUACCUGCUUGAUGGAGAUGUUAUUGUUAUGUCUGUAAUGUUCCAAAGUAUAGCAUUAAACCACCUUGUGUAUAUUUCAUUAUUUCGUUUUUAGCUCAAAAAUACUUGGAAACCAAGUGUUCUUACUGCGAGCGAUGUCACCUCUCCACAGAUCUGACCUGUAAAUUGGCCUUGUUUUUUUUCUGUAUGUAGUUAUGUAGUAUAGAUUAAAGGUUAUUCUUUGGAACAUUCAAAAUGAGACAAACAGGUGGCAUACUCUUCACCAGAAAAGUUUCAUAGUGCACCUUUAAUGUGUUGUGACAAGAAUGUAUAUCUUAGUGUUACAGUAAAGGGCUAGCAAAUUGUAUCAAAAUGUUUGUUUUAGUCUGAUUAUGGGCAAACAAAAAAAGCUGAGCAAAAAUCAGCAUCUCUGUCAGCACAAAUUGGCCAAGUUAAAUAAAUUCAACAGUUAUAAGGAUACUUGUAUUAAAGAAAUCUUCUAACCCUCGUAAAGAUGUAGCUGCUUAUGUUAAACCUAAACAUUUUCUACAAACAUCUAAUUUCCAUUAUACAACCAUUUACUGCUGCACAUCAGCUAUUCAAAACCCAAAUUUCAAAUGUUUUAAAAUACUAUGUUUAUGAAAAAAAUGCAUAUAUCAAAACUAAAGUAAAUAUAUUUAUUUGCGUGACUUAUAGUUACUGUUAAAUUUUCAGUCACAUUUUCCUAAAUAUAACAUUGACCAUUGUCAAUGAAAUAAAAAACAAUAUCAAUUUGAAAAAGAAAUUAUUUUUGUAAAAUACUUUAAAAUGUUACAAUUUCUUUAUCAAAAUUGAAAAAUACAUUACGUGACUUUGCUCUUAUUUACUUUUGUAAUAAGUUGUACUGUGAAUAAACAAAUAAAUAAUAAUAAGUAAAUCUAAGGUCUUUCCACUGAACUAUACUGACCCAGUGGAGUGUCAAUACGACGUUCUUUGUUCAAUAAUAUAACCGUACAAGCCAGUUUAUUUUUCUAUAGAAAUUAAAGUUGGGUUUCGUCUCAGCAUCUGGCAUACUAACACAAGGCAAAGAAAGAUUUGCACUAUGAUGUAAUGUAAAUAUGGAGUAACCAAAUUUAAAUAAACGCAAUAUAGUCUGACUUUUGCUCUGCAGGUGCUGAGAGGAACCCCACUAUAGUUUUGGAAGAGUUUGUAUUAUGUAAUCUUACCCAUAGCCAUUGUAAAGCCCAUGUGAUACUGUGUGCCUGCUGAUCUCCUGUUGCACUAAAUGUAGCUGACAUCUCUGUAAUAACCAGGUCUGAGUCUGACAGAUAAACAGAUUCAAGUGGUAUUGAGCUGGGGAGUUUUUUAAUGUUGACACUUUUUUAAGCCAAAUGUCCCCGUUUCCUCCUGUCUUCCUCUUAAUAGAUUUUUAAUACGUGUUAAACCCAGCCAAUCAAAUGAAGUUCAAAGUCACAUGAUCUAUACAAGCUCAGUCAAGCUUGUGUCCUUUCCGCCUCCUCUCAGUGUGCACUGUUUACGUUUCAGUCCUGUACAUUUGGAUGUUCAUAACAUCGUGUUGUAAUUAUAAAUAAGCUUGUAUAUUGUUUUGAUGCAAUUACCUCAAAUGAUUUUGAAAUAUAUCGGACCAAUAAUAAAUCAAUGAAUGCAUUUGAUACUCA